AUGGCCUUUUCCUACACUAAUAUUUUCUUAUUUUUCUUCCUCCACCAACUAAUCAUUUUCUCUAAUGGCCAAAAUAUUACAAUUAAGGGAGGUUACUGGCUAAGGGAGAGUGAAUUAUCCUUAGACAAAAUUGAUAUAACUCCUUUCUCUCAUUUAUUUUGUGGAUUUGCUGAUAUUAAUUCCCAAUCCAAUCAAUUAAUUCUCACUUCACCAAAUUCAUCAUUCAUACAAUUUACAAGCAUAGUCCAACAAAAAAAUCCUACUGCAAAAACAUUAUUGUCAAUAGGUGGAGGAGGUUCAAAUAAAACAACAUAUGGAGUUAUGGCUACAACAUCAAAUUCAAGAAAAAGUUUUAUUGAUUCAUCAAUAAAAUUAGCUAGACAAUUGGGAUUUCAUGGUCUUGAUCUUAGUUGGAUAUUUCCAGAAUCUGCUUCAGACAUGGCAAAUUUAGAUUAUUGUUAUUCAGGAAAUACUUGGAUUAGUUACGAUGAUAUUCAAAGUGUCAGGACUAAAGUUUCUUAUAUUAAAAGCAGAGAAUUGCUUGGUUACUAUGCAUUUGAUAUUUCAGGAGACACUAAUUGGAAUUCUCUUCUUUCUCAUGCUGCUUCACAAGAAGCUGGUGGAGUGACACAAGGAGAAAUUGUGAAGAAUAAGAAAAAACUCAAUCGACUAGUUAUCAUUUUGAUUCCAAUUGGUGCACUACUAAUAUUGAUAUUGCUAGUGUUUAUAAUUUGGUAUCUUCGAUGGAGACAAUUAGAGAGGAACCAAAGGAACAAAAUGGGAAGUAGAAAUAAAGCAAGAAAAAGUGGAGAUAAUAGCAAUUUGCAAGUUUUUAGUUUUGAUGAGAUGAAGGAAGCUACAAAUAAUUUUUCAUUUGAAAAUAAGCUUGGAGAAGGUGGAUAUGGACCAGUUUAUGAGGGAAAGUUGAAGAAUGGGGAAAAAAUAGCAGUGAAAAGGCUAUCAGAGACUUCAUCUCAAGGAUUGGAAGAAUUUGAAAAUGAAGUGAUUCUUACGGCAAAAUUACAACAUAUAAAUCUUGUAAAAGUUGUGGGAUUUUGCAUUGAAAAUGAAGAAAAAAUGUUGAUUUAUGAAUAUAUGCCCAACAAGAGCUUGGAUUACUACAUUUAUAAUCAAGUGAGAAGAUUAGUUCUAAAUUGGGAAAAAAGAGUGCAAAUAAUUGAAGGCAUUAUUCAAGGGCUAUUAUACCUCCAAGAAUAUUCAAGAUUAACAAUUAUCCAUAGGGAUAUAAAAGCCAGCAAUAUUCUAUUGGACUUACAAAUGAAACCAAAGAUUUCUGAUUUUGGAAUGGCAAGAAUGUUUAAGGAGGAUGAAGUUGAAGCAAAUACAAGCAGAAUAGUUGGAACAAAGGGUUAUAUUCCACCUGAAUAUGCAAUUGAAGGCAGAUAUUCAACAAAAUCUGAUGUUUUCAGUUUUGGAGUACUUCUUCUUCAAAUCAUAAGUGGAAAAAAGAAUACAUGUCUAUAUGGUCCAGAUGACAACUUAAACCUUCUUGAAUAUGCAUUUGAGAUGUGGAAAGAUGGUAAAGACAUGGAAUUUAUGGAUCAAUCACUUGAUGAUACAACACAUUCUUGUAAACUAUUGAAAUGCAUGCAAAUUGCAUUAUUAUGUGUCCAAAAAAAUCCAUUGGAUAGGCCUACAAUGUUGGAAAUUUCAUCUAUGUUAAAAAAUAUUGAAAAUUUAGUUAUGAGUUCCCCUAAGAGGCCUGCAUUUUCUACAAGACAAGAUGAAGAUCAAGUUGGCAAUAUUCCAAAUGGGGAAUUAGACAUUGACAAUGCAACAAUUACACAAUUGGUUGCAAGAUGA